AUUAUCAUUGUAAAUGGUCAGCUCAAUUUUUCAUAGCAUGUAGAACUCGAUUUAAAAAUCGCGUUUUUGUUUUUAUCUGCGUUGCUGAUAAGAUUGGUCUCUCUCGCCUACUGUAGCUAGGUAUUUCCCUGCUGGGAGAAGUGGGUAAAAAGGCCUAUUAUGUGUUGUAUGGGAGGACCGUGAGAAGUCAUUAGGAGGCCUAGCAGUUAUUAAUAUACUUUGUGUAGUGCAGACAAACAUAUUUAUAAUGCACUUCUCUCGCGCUAUGUUAUAUGGUUAAUACUCCGCACAAUAAAAUAGGUUAUGGUUUACUAAUGCUCGUUCUAUGUCCUGGAGGCUAGCUUGCUGGCUAACGCUAGCUGCUUAUGUUAGCUUUUGGUGCGUUGUUGUUUAAUGUCAACAGUAGUAGCACUACAGUGUAAAGGAUUCAGAUAAUCAGCAGAGAAAACAUAACUGUAUUGUUUAUGCAGGCGUUUUUUGUGCCCUGCCUUUCUGACGCUAAAGAAAACCCCUGCGUGAUGGAAACAAAAUAGAAGCUCUCUGGAGAGGUCACGAAAUCCGAUCUGAUUUCCCCUUUAGCGUUCCAACAGCUGCAUCAACCGGAGAUAUCGUUAGACCCAUUUUGUUAUAGUCAUGGACGAGAGUACAGAAAAAGUAGAGCCUGAUGAUAUUGUUAUUAUCGUCGAAAAUGAAGCUGAAAGCAUGCCGGUUCAAGAGGAAAGUGAGAAGGCUCAAAGUACCCACAGUUUAAUGGACUGUUGUCCCAUUUGCAAGUUGAAUUUUCAUAGCAGAGAGCCCAAGCUUCUACCUUGUCUCCACUCUUUCUGUAAGAAAUGCUUGCCACCUCCGUCAAGAAAUUUUUUAUAUCCAAGCCAAAUGAUGGCCAACCAUCAACUUCAUGUGGAAGAUCCAUCAAAACCGCUCAACGUGAUUCGUUGUCCAGUUUGUCAUCAGGAAUGUAUGGAAGUGGAAGUUUUAGAAAACUUCUUUGUUAAAGACUCAAUGGAAGUGCCAAGCAGCACAGUUGAGAAGACAAGCCAGUUGUGUAUGAGUUGUGAGGACAACACAGAGGCCACUGGCUAUUGUGUGGAAUGCGUGGAGUUUCUCUGUGUCACCUGCAUUGAAGCUCAUCAGCGGGUGAAGUUUACCCGCGACCACACCAUUCGACAGAAAGAAGAAAUGUCUCCAGAAGGAGUGGGAGUCUCCACCCAGAAGCCAGUUUUCUGUGAUGUCCAUAAACAGGAGCCUUUGAAACUUUUCUGUGAGACAUGUGAUCGUCUGACCUGUCGGGACUGUCAGUUGCUCAAACACAAGGAUCACAAUUACCAGUUUCUAGAAGAUGCCUACAGAAAUCACAGGGAACACUUGGAGAAUAUGACUCGACAGCUCCAGGAAAAAAGAAAAGCCAUCGAAGAUGUCUCUAACGCAAUCAAUAAUGGUCUCCAUCAGGUCGAUGAGAACCGAAAGGCUGUCACCACUGAGAUCAAGAAGUCCAUUUGCAAUCUCAUUAUGGAGAUUAAUAGAAAAGGGAAAAUAUUGAUAAAUCAACUUGAGGCUCUCACCAAGGAUCAUGAGACUGCACUCAGGAAACAGCAGGAUGAUGUCUCUUCCCUCUCCAAACACCUGGAUCAUGUGAUCUCCUUCACCAAAUGGGCAACAGCCAUCAACAGUGGCACUGCUCUCCUUUACUGCAAAAGACUGAUUCUCUGUCAGAUACAAUACCUCAUGCGGGCAAAGUGCAGUACCUCCUCAUAUGUCCCCCAGAAUACAGUGCGGUUCCAGUGUCGGUCAAGCUUCUGGGCCUCAAAUGUUGAUCUCGGCUCUCUGGUCAUGGAAAAAGUUCCAGGACACCAACCAAGUGGGAUGCAGAUGUUCCCCAACCAACCCAACCACCCCAACCAUCCCAACCAUCCUGGACCAAGACCUGAAGGACCAUCAGCGGGCUUUCCGGGGACGGCCGCUCAACAGCGGCAGAGCACGCUGGCACAGCUCCAGAUGCAGGUGGAGAAGCUGGCGCAGCAUCCCAACCGCCACCCACCACCAAACCACUGGUCCUGGUAUCACAACAUGCGGCUCCCAGGCCCGCCCCCACCCAGGCCCAUGCAGGGGGGAUCUCCUUCCCAAACCCAUCCCAACAUGUCUCAGCAGGGCCGGCGAUACACUGCUCCUCAACCAAACACCCGCAGUCCCACAGCCAUGAUGCAAAACACAGCCUUUGCCCCUCAGACUUUGAGAGGAAUGAUUAACUCCCCCACCUCCUCCAAUUUCCCACCCAAACCCAUGGAUGUGCUUCAGGGUGCAUCUCGAUAUACCCAAAAUGCACCUGGAGGUGGACACCUUACCAACCCUCAACCCUCUCUGCAUCAGAGAAAUGUAAUGGACCCUAUACACCUAAACAGAAGACCUGAACCUCCUGGGCCCUUGCAAAUGUCCAUGCCCAGACAUCAUUUCCCCCACACUGUCCCUACCACCAUUGCUGACAGGACUGCACAAGGUCAUCAGAGCUCCCCCAUGUUAACGGCAAACUCUACUGACGGAAAGACAGGGACUGUUUCUUGGAAACGAACCGACCCCCAGCCGAAUGGAGCGUCCACCUCCUCUGCUAAGAGAAGACGAAGGUCAUCCCCUGGGCCCAUCAUUGUCAUCAAAGAUGAGCCGGAAGAUGAUGAUGAAGUUCGCUUUGUCCAGUCCAGUGUGAAAGCUAGUCUGCCAGACAGCACUGGUGUCCAGUCCCAGACCCCUCGUCAGGAGUCUCCCCCAGGUGAAGAGCAGCAGACCGAGAAGACCCCGGAUCCCAACGUCGAGCCCAACGACGAUCCCAACGACGAUCCCAACGACGAUCCCAACGACGAUCCCAACGAGGACUGGUGUGCUGUGUGUCAGAAUGGAGGGGAGCUGCUCUGUUGUGACAAGUGUCCUAAAGUCUUCCAUCUCAGCUGCCAUAUUCCUGGCCUCAAGUCUUCUCCUAGUGGGGAGUGGUUUUGUUCGUUUUGCCGAGACCUAACCACGCCUGAAAUGGAGUAUGACACGGGAGACAGCACAAAAGCCGUGAAAGAGGAGCCAGAUUCUGAGGGACUAACUCCUGUAGAUAAAAGGAAGUGUGAGAGAUUAUUACUUCGCCUAUAUUGCAAUGAGCUCAGCACUGACUUCCAGGAGCCAGUCUCACCGUCGACGAUGCCUGAAUAUAAUGAGAUUAUAAAAUCUCCCAUGGACCUCUCAGUGGCGAGGAGCAAGCUGGAGUUAAAGCAGAGUCCAGCUUACAAGAGGCCUGAUGACUUUGUCGCCGACAUCAGACUGAUCUUUAGAAACUGUGCCAAGUUUCACAAGGAGGAUAAUGAGAUGGCAAGUGUAGGUGUCAACCUGGAGAAUUUCUUUGAGGAGCAGCUGAAACUCCUUUACCCCGAACAGACUUUUCCUGAGGUAAAGGAAGAAAGUUCUGCCUCUUCAGUUCUGGAGGGCAGUGUACCCUCAGAUGUGCCCUGUGAGGAACAUGGAGCCCCAGUUGAACCUGCUGAGAGUCCACCUCCAAAGAGUCCAGCACUCCCUAGCCCCCCCAGUGACCAAGUCUCUGAUCCUCCCACUGAAGUCCGUCCGGAUGAACCUGGUCAGGAUGAACCUGGUCAGGAUGAACCUGGUCAGGAUGAACCCGGUCAAGAUGAGCCCUGUCAAGAUGAACCCGGUCAAGAUGAGCCCUGUCAAGAUGAGCCCUGUCAAGAUGGGCCCAGUCAAGAGGAGGUCUGUCAAGAUGGGCCCAGUCAAGAUGAGCCCAGUCAAGAUGAGCCCGGUCAAGAUGGGCCCGGUCAAGAUGAGCCCGGUCAAGAUGAGCCUGGUCAGGACGAACAUGGUCAAGAUCAGUCCAGUCAAGACGAGCCCAAGGAGUCUGAUGUCCAGGAAGACUCACCCAAGGAGGAUGAAAUGAUGAGCGAUACAGAGGGAUGAUGAGCGAUACAGAGGGAUGAUGAGCGAUACAGAGGGAGGAUGAGCGAUACAGAGGGAUGAUGAGUAGUUGUAUCUUCCUCCCGUCUAUGUGAAGCUGUUAGAAAUCCUUGCUGAAACAAGGAGUCCUCCUGCAAGAUUAGUAAAGCUAGGUAGUUUGUUUUUAAUAUUCCUGCAAUAAUAAUAUUAAUAAUAAAAAAAAAACAUAUUUAAACAGACUGCACAGAGUGCCCAAGCAAAAGGCUAGUUUAUUUUAUUUGUAGCAUGUUUUUAUUUCCCUUGAACAUAUUAUAUAUCUUUACUGUAGUAAAGAACAUGUUGACAGGGUAAUCGCAACGGGGACAUCAAACAAGCGUGUGUCUUCCCUAAUCAAACUUAAUGAAUGAACUGCAGAAGUACACAUUAUGUACAAUUAUUAUGUUUGAUGUUGCCCUUUAUGAUCUACAUUAAUGUAUAAUAAUUAUUAUUUAUCCUGAAUUAGAUUAUUUAGGGUAAUGACUGGUGCUUUUGUUUAAUGUAAAAAGAGUAAUGCAUUUACUUUAUUCAGCUGAUUGAAGCUGAAGCAAAAUGUUAUGUUUUUAAGCUCAGAAUUCAUGUCAUCAAUAUCAAUAAUAGCUGUACUCACCAUUGCGGUGGUCAGUGUUGUCAACCAAGGAAUUUUCCUUUUUUUUUUCAUGUACAGUAGGAGAGUGCAUAGAUAUUUUCCUUAUUUUCACUAUUUUAGAUGGUUCAAGUUAAGUUGUCAGUAUUGCUCCUUGACUUUAACUGACCAGGAUUUGUAAGGUAUAUCUUGAUUGUGUUGCUCCAAGAACUAUAGUCAAGAUCUGUGCAUGUGCUAGUGGCUAGUGGACUCAUUUUUCCCAUGGAGUGGUCCAUGGCCGUUUUUUGAACAUGUAAAAUAUUGUGGACCUUUUGGACUUUUUUAUUUGAAUUGGCUGUGACCCGUAUGAACGUAAUGUCGGUCUUGGAUCUGGUCAGUACAAUACUUUGAGGUAUAAUGGUUAGCGUAUAAUUACAGUUGCAGUCAGCUUUCAGACGAGACCCCCCCACUACACUUCACUACGGUUACCAUGGCUGUAUUGGAGUUUAAAAAGUGUGUGUGUAUAUGCAAUCAAACAUGCAUAUUACAGGGGACUUUGAUGGGUCUGAAACUGUCCUGUUUGUUGGGAUCUGGCAGAGAACAGAUUGCUUCCCUCUGAAUCUGGCCAAGACAGGGCUGCUAUAAAUAGAGGAAAUAACUGUAUGAUUUCAACAGAUUUUGUGUAUGUAACUUUAAUCUAAAUAUAAAAUAAAACAUUUUGAUAUCCCUG